AUGCGCUCCUCUCUCCUCCUCUCCACAGCAGUCUUCUGCGGUCUUUCCCUCGCUCACUUCGAGGUCAAGUACCCUGACACCAUCGGCUUCAAAGACGACGACGAAGACAAGUCUCCUUGCGGCGGCUUCACGCCGGAUUUGUCAAAGAACAAGCUUGUCGAUUUCCAUGUUGGCGGCGAGGCUAUUGCUCUGAGAUCUACACAUCAGCAGGGUAAUUGGCUCUUCCGCGUUACGCUGGAUGAAAAGGCCGAUGGCGAUUGGGAGCAGGUCUUUCCUAUUGUUCAGCAGAGCGGUCUCGGUGAUUUUUGCCAGCCGCAAGUUACAGUUCCUGAGAAAUACGCUGGCAAGAAGGGCUGGGUGAAUGUUGUGUCAUCAGCCGUCGAUGGCCUUCUCUAUCAGUGCAUCGCUGCCAACUUCGUCAAGGGCAAAGCCGAUGCUCCCAGCGAGUGCAAGAACGCGUCUUCCGUCAGAGCCUCCUUCACCGACGACUCUACCCUCUCAGCUCUUGUAGACAACGGAUCCAAGUCCGAGACCUCCUCGACAACUGGCACAGCGACAGGCACCGGCUCAGCGGCUUCCUCGACAGAGUCUGGCAAUGCUGCAGCGGCUUGGUCGGCGAACGGCGCGGGAAUGAUUGCCGGCUUGGCCAUGGCGGUUGUUGGAGGUGCCGUGUUUAUUUAA